UCCACCUGCCUGUUAUUACAGCACCAAUGAGCGUGUCCUUAUCCCACCUCUGGACAAAUGGUAAUUUCACGCUUCGUAAAUAAUUCCUGUCUUGAUUUGCGCUGGUUUAAUUGUCACCCUUCGUGACAUUUGUUUGAUUUCUAACUACCAAAGUUGCCCAGCAUGGACUAUAAGCGAGAAAAGGAGCAGGAUGCAGAGUGUGAGAAGAUCAGCGCUGUGCUGCUGAAGUCACGGACAGGAGAAUUUGAUUUGGAAUCCAUUCUGUUUCUGAAACUCAGAGUUCUUGGUAUACAUGACCUUGGAUGCAUUGGGGAAUGUGUAAAUUUGGAGAGGCUGGACCUAUUUGGGAACAGUGUCACAAAUAUAGGACCUCUAUCAUCUCUUCGUCUUCUUUCUGUGCUUAAUUUGUCUUCUAACAGAAUCUCUAAUUUAGAGCCACUUCGUAGUUGUGAAAAUUUACAAACUUUAAAUUUAGCUGGUAAUGUCAUAUCCAGCACUGAGAGCCUACAUUGCCUUGUUUCUCUGAAAAAGCUAGAGAACAUACGUCUGAGAGACAACACUUACAAUUACAGUAACCCAGUGUGCAGGAGUGCAUCAUACAGAGCUGUUGUACUCGAGAUGUUCCCGAACAUCAAAGUUCUGGAUGGAGAGAGAGUUGUUGGACGAGGAAGUGAAUUGUACCAGUUAUGCAAAGACAUUGAUGAGACCAUAAAAGCUGGUUCAUACAAGAAUGGGCAGCUCAUUGAACAUCCCGAUUGCAAGCCAUGGGUAGAAGAUGGUUACUGGGAGAUAAAGCGAUCAAACAAUGCCAUUAUUGAAGAAGCCUACAAACAGUUCAAUGAUGUUCUUCAUGAAUGCAGACUCUUGAACAACAGAGCCACACAUGUGAUUUCCCAGACGGAGAGAUCAAUGAGCUUGAAGAAGCAGCCAAAGCAAUACGCCAUCUGAAUUGGGCUAUUUUGUACAAACAUUUUAUGUAACUUUCAGCCGCCUUUUUUGCUUUGUAAUGAUGUACUAUGACAGAUGUACUGUAGCUUUUUUCAAACAACCAUGCUAUAUCCAAAUGCUUUUUAAAUAUCAUUGCCUGACACACGUGCUCCUUGCCGCAGUGUGAACUUCGCUGUUACUGUAUUCAUCCUAUGCAUUGGUUAACAGAAUAAAUACGGAGGCAGUUUGAAAACCUUGACCGAUACUGAUGCCCCUCAGUUUGGCUCAUCGAUGUCUUAACUUGCACAAUGUGCAUUUUGUACAAUGCUGUAGCCUGAAGUAAUGCUGAUAGCUAUGCUGCUCAUUAGAAUUUGUAUUGGUCUUUGCUUACAGGGUGCCCUUAAUUUUACGUUGCUUGUUAAUUUAAAGAGUAAAUGUGUCCUCUAUUGUAUGUUUUUGUUGUGCAUAUGCAAAGAUUGACUGAUUGAUUGUUGGCUUUUUCUACCUGUUUGUUUGUUUUUUUUUUUUUAAUUAUAGGAUUUCUCUGUGCAACCAACUUGCUGAAAAUACAUAAUUUAAAAGCCUGUCAAUGUGUAUUUAAUUCUGACUUUAUUUAGAAUAAAUUCAGAUAAGAUGCAUACCACUUUCCGAUCAGAGCAAAAUAUGUAUAUUGUGAUGAAUUUGUUUUUGUAAGUCAUAAGGCAAUCCCACAAAUAAUGCCAUGCUGCCACCUGCUGGUGAUUGUCCAAUACACUUAUAAAUAACCUAACACAGACAUUAGACACGCAUUGGUCAUAUUUUAUAUUUAUCUGUAAUAGAAACGUUGGAAUUUAGUUUACUGCUUUUCCUUGUUGAAGAAAGUAAUUAUUUGAACCACUAUAUACAGGUGCAGUCAUCGGUUUGUAUUUUAACAAAUUUUGUUUAUUUUGACAGCCGGAAGUUUGCUUACGUCUUUUCCAGCUUGACAAGUGCCGCCGCCGCUCCUCAGAGCUCGACCUCGUCUACCUCACGAUCGCAGAAAACAUGUGGAGGUCAACGUGAUCUCUGUGCUGGAUUAAUCGGAGGUUUGGGAGUGACGCCAAGUGGAAACAUUGGUGCCCAUGGGGUGGCCAUAUUUGAGUCGGUUCAUGGAACUGCUCCAGAUAUCGCAGGAUAAGAUCUUGCGAACCCCACUGCCCUGCUGCUCAGUGCCAUCAUGAUGCUGCGCCCAGAAAAUUGAAACUGCCUGUUUUAACACCAUUCAGAAAAAAAUGGUUCUAACCAAAGACUUGGGAGGAAACUCCAAGUGCUCAGAGUUCACAGAAGCAAUUUGUCAAAGAGUUGGGGACAUGAAGUAAAAGGAGCUUGUGAGGCUUCUCAUAAUAUGUCAGUAUAGUGUCACAUUGCACUGUGUGACUCCAUGUUAAAACUUUUACCCAGAACAUGUAUUUAAAAUUCUGGUGCUUAUGAACUUGAAUGUUUAGAUUGCAGCACCUUACAAAGUAUUGUCUUAACCACAUCGUCAAGAACAUCUGUAUAUAUGACAUGCUAAAUACGAUUUUUGAGGAUGAUUAUACAGUAAUCUUUAAUGUGUUUAAAACUCACUUUAAAAUAAGCGGGACAGUCAUCAUAAACAUGUCAUAAGUCUUCCAUUAUGGCGCCCAGAGAUUAUGCACUUGAUACUAGUGGGAAAAAAAACAUGCUUCCUUAUGCACAAAACCUUAUCAUUUUGCACAUGGUAUGUUUUUAAACCAAUAGGUGUUAUUCCAAAUUGUAUGAAUGUAUAGAGCACAAUUCCAACAGAAAUGUGACACUUUAACCUGUUUUUAUUUCAAUCUUGGUUGCUAUUAAAGUUACUUGACAAAAUGUUCAUAUAUCCAA